UGUAUUUGCCACGAAAGCCCAAAAUGUCGUCUUCAUCUUCGCAUACGCCCUUCCUUUCAGACACCGAACGCAAUGAUGAUUUCUUCGAUGAGAGCCAGGACAAACACUCUUUCGUGCCCAAGCGGUCGGCUCGAAUCGGAAGUGUAAAGCUUAGUGCUAUUCUCUUCCAUACAAUAAUGAUCUUCGUGUACAUUGUCCUUACCAUUGCCUUCAUAAAAAACAAGCCUCCACAGAGACUCAAUAUUGUAUACACUCCUGUGGGAAACUCGCUGGAAUAUAUUGCGCAAACAAUCCCGGACAGCCCCGAGGACGUUGGAACAAGUCGUUAUGUUGGAAUGGAAUCAAGUCCAGAGCUUGAUAAUGCCUGGUAUCAGCUUCUUCGCCACCACAAUAUUCGCUUAACCGACGACGACUUGCGUGGUAUUAAUCAGAGUUCAAUUUCGCUUGGGCAUGGCGGAGGAUACCUUGGUAUGCUAGGCGUCUACCACGAGCUCCACUGUCUAAAGCUUGUGCGCGAAGCGCUGCAUCUUGACUACUAUGGCCGUGGGAAGAGCGAGAAACAAAAGAGGAUACUCGCUGGCCACGCCGAACAUUGCGUCGACGCGCUAAGGCAGACAGCGAUGUGCCGCGCGGACACGACCAUUUUUCCUUAUCACUGGAAUAACUUUACAAGAACUCCAGCGCCGACGUGGGUGCAGACUCACGAGUGCGUUAAUUGGGACAAGUUUACCCAGUGGCUUGAUUCGAGAGUAGUAGAUAUACAUGAGCCUGGUUUGCUCACCCAUCCAACUUUUGGACCGUCAUAUCCUACUUCGUAG